AUUCGAACCCUUCUCAAUGGUUUAAAAUGCCGCCAUCUAGGCGAAUUUCGUUGGUAUAAAGACACCUUUCUUAGUCGAGUCAUGGACUUACCCGUGAGUAAGUAUGAACAUUGGAAAGCUAAAUUCAUUGACGGUCUUCCCCCCCUAUUUGCUGCACGUGUUCGUAAAACUCUUAGAGGAUCUUAUGGCGAAAUUCCUUAUUCUGAAAAAACUUAUGGUCAACUAAUUGUAGCUUGUACACAAGAAGGCUUAGCCCUCUGUAAUGAGCUAAAAUUAGCUAGACAAGUCAAGCUUGAUAAGCUCAGAGAGAAAUCUCAAUUGGGCGACUUCUGUGAACAAUUCGGCAUGGAAAAACCCUUGGUUCAAAAAUCCCGAAAAUAUUCAAAAUCCAGACCUUACUAUAAAUCCAAACACUCUAGGCAUCGGAGUAAGGAAGAGCGCGAAGCUCGAAAGUCCUUCCGAAAGUCUACUAGAUUUGCUAAAAAUCAUUCGAAGUGUGAUUUAGCAAAAAUCAAAUGCUAUAAGUGUAAUCAAUAUGGUCAUAUUGCUCCCAAUUGCAAAUUGCAAAAACUUAAGUCAUUAAGACUUUCUGAAGAAGUUCAUGACCAAGUCUAUAAUUUAUUAUAUACCUCUGACUCUGAAUCGGAUUCUACUUCUGAAAAUGAUUUUGAAUUACCCAAUUCAGGUAGUGAGCAAAAUCAGAAUAAUAGAUGUGAUGACUGUGAUAAUGAUUUGUGCAAUUGUGAUGAAAUGAUGUAUAAACUUCAAGCGCAAUUCGAAGACCUAGAUCUUGAUGUUAAAACUCUCACCGCUGAAAAUAUUCUUGAAUUACUUAAAGAAGUUUCGGAUGAAAAACUUUGUGAGAAAAUCCUUAAUCUUGCUACCCAAAAAACUUCUGCUUCUUCUAGUACGUCUAGAGAUAACACUUUCGAAAAUCAACCUAUGUCUUAUUCUUUAGCUGAAGUAAAUCGACGGCUUGCUAUAAGUAAAACUCCUGGUAGAGACACCACUUUUGACGAUUUAAAACUCGAAGUUGAAAAACUCAAAAAGGAAAUUAUUUCGCUACAACAAAAUCAGAUGGUUACUGAUCAUCGACUUUCAAAACUCGAAGAAACAACGAAAUUUUCAACUUCUUCUUCAAAAGGAAAGGAAAAAGAUUUUGCAAUCUCAAAAAAUUCUGAGGAUACUCUUCCCCUUGAAGAUUACAAUACCGAAAAUUCGAAAAAUGAUUCUUUUCUAGGGAUGAUGCAAAUUGUCUCUUCCCAUAAAUGGUAUAUUAAUUGUACCAUAUUAAUUAAUAAAAACUUCUUUAUUACUAACGUUGCUAUGAUUGAUAGUGGUGCGGACGUUAGUUGCAUACAAGAAGGUUUGAUUCCUACAAAAUACUUUGAAAAAACUACUCAUGUUAUUAGAUCUGCAUCUGGACAUUCUCUUGAUAUUAAUUAUAAACUACCUAACACGCAUAUUUGUCGAGACAAGGUAUGUAUUCCUCAUUUCUUCUUCUUGGUCAAAAAUCAAAUUUAUCCGCCUAUUAUUUUAGGUACUCCUUUCAUAAAUGCUAUUUAUCCCUAUACGCAUAUUGAUGCCAGAGGUUUUACGGCUACAUAUAAAAAGCAGCCAAUUUCGUACCCUUUUAUCACUCAUCCAGUCACUAGGGACAUAAACGCUCUUAUUAAUAUAAAGCAAAAUCAGCUUAAUUUCUUACAAUUAGAAAUAAUGAGCAUUAAUAUUUUCGACACCAUGAAAUCGGUUAAAAUAAAAGAAAAAAUAAAAACUAUUUCUUCCCAAUUAAUGCUUGAUAUCUGUGCUGAUCAUCCAAACGCUUUCUGGAAUCGAAAGAAACAUAUUGUUUCUCUUCCCUAUGAAGAAAAUUUCAGCGAAGACAAGAUCCCUACCAAAUCUCGACCCUGUCAAAUGAAUACAAACUUGGUCGAAUUUUGCAAAACAGAGAUAGAUAGUCUCCUUCAAAAGGGACUUAUUAAACCCUCUAAAUCUCCUUGGUCUUGUAUUGCUUUCUAUGUUAAUAAUGCUGCUGAAAAAGAACGAGGUAUUCCUCGGUUAGUUAUCAAUUAUAAACCUCUGAAUAAAGUUUUAAAAUGGAUUCGUUAUCCAAUUCCCAAUAAAAGGGAUUUACUGUCUAGAUUAUAUGACGCUAAUAUAUUCUCUAAAUUUGAUCUCAAAUCUGGCUAUUGGCAGAUUCAAAUUGAUAAAAAUCAUACUUAUAGAACUGCUUUUAAUGUCCCCUUUGGACAAUACGAAUGGAAUGUUAUGCCGUUCGGAUUAAAAAAUGCUCCUUCUGAAUUUCAAAAAAUUAUGAAUGAUAUCUUUAAUCCUUAUAUGGAUUUUAUCAUUGUCUAUAUAGAUGAUAUUCUAGUAUUCUCAAAGACUCUUGAAAGUCAUUUUAAACAUCUGCAUAUUUUUAAGCAAAUCAUUAUUCAAAAUGGUCUAGUCAUUUCAAAACCAAAGGUCAGUCUAUUUCAAACUAGUAUUCGAUUUCUUGGCCAUAAUAUUUCUCAAGGCUCAAUUGAGCCAAUACAGCGGGUACUUGAAUUCGCUAUCAAAUUCCCUGAUGAAAUUACUGACAAAAAGCAACUACAAAGAUUUCUUGGCAGUCUUAAUUAUAUCUCUCCCUUCUAUCAAAAUCUAUCUCGUGAUCUAGCCCCGCUCUACGAUCGUCUGAAAAAGGAUCAUAAAACUCCGUGGACUAAAGCUCACACUGAUUUGGUAAAACUAAUCAAAACUCGAGUACAAUCUCUUCCUUGCACUUCUCUUGCCAACCCUAAUUGGUUAAAAAUUAUUGAAACUGACGCCUCUAAUAUUGGAUAUGGCGGAAUACUUAAACAAGUAAAUCCCCAUACAAAAUCUGAAUGUUUAAUUCGAUUCUAUUCUGGUAAAUGGACCGAAAGCCAGAAGAAAUAUGCUACGGUUGCUCAUGAAAUGCUUACCAUUGUUAAAUGUGUCUUAAAAUUUCAAGAUGAUCUUUACAAUCAAAAAUUUGUCAUUCGAACAGAUGCUCAAUCGGUUAAAUUCAUGUUUGAUAAAGACUUUAAACAUGAUGCUUCUAAAAUAAUCUUUGCAAGUAUGGUUGAUCCCCCUUGGCAAAUAGCCAGAGGAAGAGGUCGAGGUAGAAAUCAAAAUCCUGCAUAUUUGCACCAUGGAGGACGAACGAAUCCUUCUUAUCCACGAAGUACCAGAAACUCUGCUUAUAGCACAACAAGUUCUAAUUUCCCUGUACUCCAACAUGGGAAUCGAACUCUGGUUAAUGCCCGAAUCUCUCAGGAGGCAUCGUCCUCACAAUCGCAAACUCCGAAUAUUAAUCUUGAUGAUAUUCCUGAAACUCAUCCUUUAUUCCAGCAGAUUAAGUCCUAUUUAUCUGAUCAGAAAAAGGCUGCAGAUUCCUUUGCAUCAAUCAUUACUGAAAAUGAAGAUAAACCUUCAUAUGAGAAACUCGAAGCAAGGGAACUCAUUAUUUAUCUGGAAAAUCAGCAUAUCCCCUCACAAGAAAACUCCGAAGAAGCAUGGAGGAUCUUAAAAAAUUAUUUAACCGCUAAUGUUUAUAUGGCAGGAGAAUCCUACAAAACACAGACUUUUUAUGAAUAA